AUGGAGUACCCUCAGAUCGGUGGCGAUGAGACACCGCAGAAGGGUAUGAUCAAUAUCAAUGCGAUGUACUGCACUUCUGGCAUCGCAUGCACCGUUUCUACACUCUUCCUGGCGGCAUGUCUCUGCACAACAUAUUUCAUUCUCCACGAGUGGCGCUUUCAGCAUUAUAUGAUCCUUCUUGCCUGGAUGUUCACGAUAGCCGGGGCCAUAACCCUCGCUUCCAUACACAAUGGCACCGUGAACGAUGCUAUUUGGGAGAUUCUUGUUGCCAACCUCGUGGUAAUCCCAGGCACUGUUCUUGCAAAAUUGGUGAUCUGUGUCAUCUACUACUCGGCGUUGGAAAACCUUUGGUUUCGGUACCCCGCCUUUGCCAUCCGGGCUGUGGUUUCUUUGAUAAUCUGUCCCUUCGCCGCUCUGUGGGUAGUUCUCUUGCUUGAAGUUAGCGGGUGUGAACAGUCUCAGGUUCCAUGCUCACUCCACUGUCGCAGAGUAUAUGCUUUCUAUGUGGCACAAGCCGUUAUCGGGGUUAUGGCAGACAUGAUACUUAUGUUUACCAUGCUAGUCUGCACCCUUCGCAAUACGCAGUCGCGGAAGGAUAGAAUGAGAGUAGUUGUUUCUGUCGGCAGCGGCAUAUUCCCGCUAGGGGCUGUUGUGGUCCGGUUCGUCAUUCUGGUUAUCGGGCUCAAAAACAACGACCCAACACCCUUGUUGGCAAAUGGCAUAUUCCUUUUGUCCAUUGAAAGCAAUAUUGUUAUUGUCUGCAGUUCAGCACCAAUGAUUCGCAAGUUCAAACACAAUCCCAGGUGCAGUGCAGUCGAAUAUCCACGACAUUCGGCUGUUUUGGAUGGAGUCCAAGGCGAUCGAGGUGUCGAGCACACGCUGAACCCAUGAUUGGCAGUACUUGAAUGCACUGAGAGAAUUCAGUCUCUGGGAGUUCAGGACAUAGUUACCAAGAGUAAUGGCUUUUCAAACAGACGUAAGGGCUGAAAACCACUUUAUAUUGCGCGUCCUACCCUCUUUUCCUUUGGGCGACAGGUGUCGGAGGCGAAUAUCAGUGGUCCUGUAUUUCCAUGACU